UUUGACAUAUAGCUACCUACCUGUGAGCAGGAUGGUCUUAAUGAAAAUCCUGGCAGCCAUUCUCAGUGGAAACGAAACGUUAAGCUGUCUGAUCGACGAAAUCCAAAUGGAAUUACACAUCACUUUGAAAGCCGGCGUUGAGGCUGAUACAGGCAAACUGAUAGCUUUCUCAACACAUUUCAUGGAGGUUGAUUUAAUUAUAAAACAGAUGCAAUGAUAGGCAUAUUGUAUGUUUUCUUAGCAAUUAUGGCAUCGAGAUUUAUUCAACGGACAAUCUUAAGGUCACUGUAAUAUUCAUUUUAACAUAGCCUAUAUGAUAAACAAAUACGUAGCAUUAGGAUUGUAGAGUAACCCACUACUUUUUUUACAGUCGAUUUUUAAUCUUUGGACUAUUCCAAUUUUACUGUAUUGUCUAUUGUGUAUUAUUAACUCGGUAAGACCACCACAAUAAACCUUAUGAACUAUUUGGCCAAACCUUGUCAACGUUGACAAGAUAACACUCAGUUAGUCUGGUCAACCUUUGGCACCUGACGUGUUUGCGCAUACUAGUUCCAGUGUUGCUGCCCUCGAGACGAAACAUUUACUCGUUGUCUUGUUUAAAACAAGCGCGUGUUUGUGUGAGUGCUGAGGACUAAAUAAACGUAUUUUCGUAGCCUGGGGAUAAAACAACCAGUUAUCCACGUUGAGAACCAAGGGCGAAUUCUCGUACGCUAUAUCAACCGCUUUACCAGUCUUCAAAGAUGUCUUUCAAACCUCAGGAGAACCCCUUAACAACCCAUGUGUUGAACACAUCUGAUGGAGUCCCAGGGGCCAGAAUGGCUCUUAGUCUGCACCGUCUGGACUCCAAACUGGUUAUUUGGAACCUAGUUACCGUGGGAACAACUGACGAAGAUGGUCGCUGUCCUGGACUCAUUGCUAGCGAAGCUUUCACACCAGGAAUGUAUAAAAUGCGUUUUGAGACUGGACAGUAUUGGGAGAGUUUGGGUCACACGUCCUUCUACCCUUAUGUUGAGAUUGUUUUCACUAUUAAGGACCCCAGCCAGAGGUUCCACCUACCCCUGCUCCUGAGCCCAUUCUCCUACAGCACUUACAGAGGAAGUUAGAGCAGUAUAUAGUGGCACUUCUGAUAAUGUCCCUCCCUACUAGCUAUAUUCUCUUUUGUAUUUUAUAGGUGAAAAUCACCCAUUUUCACAUGUCAGGUUUAUUUUCAUUCUUUCUGUGCUUGUAGUUGUCAAAUUAUCCUUAGUCACUACUCACCAUUGACUAUAAUGUGAUAAAAGACCAACAUAUAAAAUAGGUGGCUUAAUUUUCACAGAAAAAGAUGAGCUUCCCCUUUAAUAAAUAUAUUGGGCUCAUCCUUGCGUGGAUAUGGAUACUAUAGUUUCAGCCACAAUACUGUAGGAGUUUGAAUGUUUUGAGGAUGAUAAACUGAUCUAAGCCAUAUGGUUGCAAAACAAAACAAUAUAAAGGUCGUUUAAGUUACUGAAAAUGGGUGCUACUGUGUUUAUCACUUAGUGAAUAUGUUAUUUAGCUUUUGUGAAUCUCAUAUCGCGUACUUGCAUACUAUAGUAUGCCAGGUUACUAUGCCAGAAGAACUACCCCAAAACGCAUGCACAAAAAUGCACCAGAAAUAUUAGACCAUCCGGGAACUUUUGGCAUACUAUUUUGAGCGUAGUAUGGUUUGGGACAUGGUAUUCUUCUCACAUACUAAUCUGGCGUACUAUAUAGUUUGCAAGUAUUCGAUCGGAGAGUCACCCUUUGUCUGUUCGUUAUGACUGUAGCCUUAACAUUUGUAAUCCACAUGUCAAAUCUCUUGGCCAAGUUAAUAAACCAAUAACAGAGCAAGAUCAUGUUCUGCAGAAGACCAAACGUCCUCACAUUUGCGCCAGCAUUAAAUAUAUAUAAUUAAAGCU